GCUUGUCCGCCGACUUGCGAGAACAAGGGAAAGUCGGUUCGCUGCACCAGACAAUGCGUGGCCGGGUGCUUCUGUAAGAAUGGUCUCGUGAAGGACAGCAAUGGGAAAUGUGUGAAAACUCUACGAUUGUAAGAAAGCCGGAAAGAAGCCUCCUGGUCAUCACCCACCAACGCACCGCCCCCCACAUUGCGACAGGCUCAAGUGUGGAAAGGGCUGUCACAUCGACUACAGCACCAAACCAUGCCCCAUUUGCAAGUGUAAAGGUGGUACAGGUUCCUGUGGAAAAGACGAAAUGUACCAGCAGUGUGGCUCAGCUUGCCCACCCACAUGCAAGAGCCAAGGAAAACCUGCGAGGUGCACCAAGCAGUGCGUGGCUGGAUGUUUCUGCAAGGGGAAGAUGGUCCGAAACGAGCAGGGAAGGUGCGUCAAUCCGAGAGACUGCAAAAAAGGUAACAACUGUCCUGCUAUUGAUUGUGCUGAAGGCUGCUGGCUGGAUGAAAGUGCGAAACCUUGUCCUCGCUGCGUAUGCGACGACGAUGGAGAAGGUGGACAAAACCCCCCUACAGGUCAACCUCCGGUGCAAUGUUCACCACCCAAGUGCUCUAAGGGUUGCAAGAUCGACUAUUCCACAAAGCCAUGUCCAAGUUGCAAAUAUCACAAUUCACCAGGUUCCUGUGGAAAGGAUGAAGUGUUCCAGCAAUGCGGCUCAGCUUGCCCACCCACAUGCAAGAACCAAGGAAAACCCGCGAGGUGCACCAUGCAGUGCGUGGCUGGAUGUUUCUGCAAGGGGAAGAUGGUCCGAAACGAGCAGGGAAGGUGCGUCAAUCCGAGAGACUGCAAAAAAAGGAAACAACUGUCCUGCGAUUGAUUGUGCUGAAGGCUGCUGGCUGGAUGAAAGUGCGAAACCUUGUCCUCGCUGCGUAUGCGACGACGAUGAAGAAGGUGGACAGAAUCCUCCUACAGGUCAACCACCGGUACAAUGUUCACCACCCAAGUGCUCCAAGGGUUGCAAGAUCGACUAUUCCACAAAACCAUGUCCAAGUUGCAAAUGUCACAAUUCAAUAGGACAAAAAUGUGGAAAGAACGAAAAAUACAGCACCUGCGUGAACCCUUGCAACGGAUGCGACAUCAGGGGCAAGUGCAAUUUCCUGGUUUGCAACAAAGGCUGCGACUGCAUCAAAAACUAUCACCGAGAUUCCAAGGGCAAAUGCAUUCCUGUGUCAAAGUGUCCUCCGAAAGGUGGAGAGAAUCCUCCAACUGGUCAACCCCCGGUGCAGUGUGAUCCACCCAAGUGCCCCAAAGAUUGCAAGAUCGACUAUUCUACAAAACCGUGUCCAAGUUGCAAAUGUCAAAAUUCACCAGGCAAAUGCGGCAAAAAUGAAGAAUAUUCAGAUUGCGGCACUCACUGUCCCUUGACCUGCAAGGAGCCGGAGCCCAGACCUUGUAACAGGAAAUGUGCCAGGGGUUGCUUCUGCAAGAAGGGAUACGUCAGAGCAGACGAUGGAACUUGCGUCAAGCCCGAAAACUGUCCAAAAGAACAGAACAAUUGUGGCAAAGAUGAGCAGUACUACCAAUGUACCCCCAGCUGCAAAAAUACUUGCAAGCAUUAUCACAAUCCCGGAAUUAGAUGCGCAUGUGGUCCUCCUGGAUGCUUCUGCAAGGAGGGACUAGUGAAGAGAGAAAAAGACGGGAAAUGCAUCAAACCCGGCAAGUGCCCAGGUCAACCAGGAAGCAAUUGUCCUCAGAUUCGGUGCAAGUCAGGCUGCCGACUGGACGAAGACCACAAACCGUGUCCUCGGUGCGUAUGCGACGACGAUAAUGGAGGAAGCAAUUGUCCUCAGAUUCGGUGCAAGUCCGGCUGCCGACUGGACGAAGACCACAAACCGUGUCCUCGUUGCGUGUGCGACGACGAUAAUGGAGGAAGCAAUUGUCCUCAGAUUCGGUGCAAGUCCGGCUGCCGACUGGACGAAGACCACAAACCAUGUCCUCGUUGCGUGUGUGACGACGAUGAUGGAGGGCAAAAUUGUCCUCAGAUUCGGUGCAGGUCUGGCUGUCGACUGGACGAAGACCACGAACCAUGUCCUCGUUGCGUGUGCGACGACGAUGAUGGAGGCGGGAAUAAUCCUCCUGCAGAUAGACCACCGGUACAAUGUUCCCCACCCAAGUGCCCUAGGGAUUGUAGGAUCGACUAUUCUACAAAACCUUGUCCAAGUUGUAAAUGCAACAACUCUCCAGGAGAGAAGUGCGGCAAGAACGAGCGAUACAGCGACUGCGUGAUUCCUUGCAACGACUGCGAGACCAGAGGAAAAUGCAACUUCUUGGUGUGCAACAAGGGUUGCGACUGCAAGAAAGGCUUCUACAGAGACGAGAACCAGAGGUGCAUUCCUGCGUCAAAAUGUCCCGCAGACGGCGGCACUUACCCGACCCGGAAACCCGAAUGCCCCAAAUACAAGUGCAGAGCUGGCUGCCAUUUGGACGACUCGAAGCCGUGUCCCAAAUGCGCCUGUCCCGAUGAUGGAGAGAAGUGCGGCAAGAACGAGCGCUACAGCGACUGCGUGAUUCCUUGCAAUGAUUGCGAGACUAGAGGAAAGUGCAACUUCUUGGUGUGCAACAAGGGUUGCGACUGCAAAGAAGGUUUCUACAGGGACGAGAACCAGAGGUGCAUUCCUGCGUCACAAUGUCCCGCAGACGGCGGCACUUACCCGACCCGGAAACCCGAAUGCCCCAAAUACAAGUGCAGAGCUGGCUGCCAUUUGGACGACUCGAAGCCGUGUCCCAAAUGCGCCUGUCCCGAUGAUGGAGAGAAGUGCGGCAAGAACGAGCGCUACAGCGACUGCGUGAUUCCUUGCAAUGAUUGCGAGACUAGAGGAAAGUGCAACUUCUUGGUGUGCAACAAGGGUUGCGACUGCAAAGAAGGUUUCUACAGGGACGAGAACCAGAGGUGCAUUCCUGCGUCACAAUGUCCCGCAGACGGCGGCACCUACCCGACCCGAAAACCCGAAUGCCCCAAAUACAAGUGCAAAGCUGGUUGCCAUUUGGACGACUCGAAGCCAUGUCCCAAAUGCGCCUGUCCCGAUGAUGGUUGCAAACCAGAUGAACAGUACUAUAACUGCAUUCCUAACUGCAAGAACCGUUGCCACCCACGGAAAGUCUGUCCAAGGAUUUGCAUUCGUGGAUGCUAUUGUAAAGAAGGUCUGGUACAGAAUGACGAUGGCAAAUGCGUGAGGCCAGAAGAAUGCAGCUCCUCUCCUCCUAUCCAUGAACCUUCGCCUACUUACGGGCCCCCUCCUACUUAUGGACCUCCCCCAACAGACGAGCCCGAGCCUACAGCCACGAUCGAGCCUCCUCCAGACAACUGCAAGCCCGAUGAACAGUACUACGGUUGCAUACCCACCUGCAACAAUACUUGCGAGAACUACAACAGGUUCACUGCUUGUCCACUUUACUGCAUAAGCGGAUGCUAUUGCAGGGAGGGACUGGUGAAGAGGAAGGAUGGCCGGUGCGUCAGUCCAGACGAGUGCGAUCAAACAGAUAAAUGUGGCAAAAAUGAAGAAUAUUCAGACUGCGGCACUCACUGUCCGCCGACGUGCAAGGAGCCGGAACCCAGACCUUGCAACAAGAAAUGCGCCAGGGGUUGCUUCUGCAAGAAGGGAUACGUCAGAGCAGACGAUGGAACUUGCGUCAAGCCCAAAAACUGUCCUGAAGGACCGGGUGUAGAGAAUCCUCCAAUUGGUCAACCCCCGGUGCAGUGUGAUCCACCCAAGUGCCCCAAGGAUUGCGAGAUCGACUAUUCCACAAAGCCAUGCCCAAGUUGCAAGUGUCGCAAUUCAUUAGAUAAAGCUCCUAAAAAGGGAAGAUCAACAGACGAUGACGACUCUUGGUCCAGCGAAUGGUCUUCUUCCAGCUCCGACUCCUCAUCAAAUAGUAGUUCAUCCUCACGUAGUGAAUCCAGUUCUUGGAUAUACUCAUAUAGCGAUGAAUCAGACUAUGAUGACUCUGAUGACGAUGAUGAUUGGAUGGGAGAUCACCGCCAUGAAGAUGGACACAAUUCUUGGAGAGAGGAAUCUGGUGACGAUGGGAUGCAAGGAGGACAGUACGCUGGAAAUAAUGGACAGUGGUCGUCUGAAGGUUCAUGGACAUGGGAAGGUGAAGGAUCUGACGAUGGAAUGGAUCAUGAGCAAUCUGGGAGUGGAAAUCAGAGAGGAUGGCCGUGGACAAAUGGAGGAAGAAACAAAAAUUCAUGGUCAUGGGAAAAAUUUUGGGGACAAGACUCAGCAGGUGAUAGCAUGCAACAAUCCGGAGGUAAUAGCGGAGCAUGGCCUUUUUCUUCAACUUGGAGACAAUCAUCGGAAGGCGACGACGCAGACGAUGGAUCAUUCAUGACAGGCGGAGAGCAGCAACAAAAUAAAGGAGCAGAGACAAAUAACAAUUCAAGGGAUUGGAACCAAUCACGGGAGAGCGGUUCUGCAGAUGACAGCUACAGUCAAUCCCAAAGCAAUAGCGAAAUGUCAUCAUGGGAAAGUGGUGCUGCAGAUGACAGCUACAGUCAGUUCCAAAGCAAUAGCGGAUUGUCAUCAUGGGAAAGUGGUGCUGCAGAUGACAGCUAUGAACAGUCCCAAAACAGCGGCGGUGACAGCUACAGUCAAUCCCAAAGCAACAGUGGAAUGACAUCAUGGGAAAGUGGUGCCGCAGAUGACAGCUCUGAACAGUCCCAAAACAGCGGCGGUGACAGCCACAGUCAAUCCCAAAGCAACAGUGGAAUGACAUCAUGGGAAAGUGGUGCCGCAGAUGACAGCUAUGAACAGUCCCAAAACAGCGGCGGUGACAGCCACAGUCAAUCAAAAAGCAAUAGUGGAAUGUCAUCAUGGGAAAGUGGUACUGCAGAUGACAGCUACAGUCAGUCCCAAAGCAACAGCGAAAUGACAUCGUGGGAAAAUAGUGAAGCAGAUGACAGCUACGGACAGUUCCAAAACAAAGGCGGAAUUGCACCAUGGGAAAGUGGUGCUGCAGGUGACGGCUAUGGACAGUCCCAAAACAGCGAAGGAAUGACAUCAUCGAGUUCGGGUGAAUCCCGGGAAAGUGACAGCGCCGAUGACGACACAGGCUACGGACGUUCGAGAAUGGGGACGGGCGAUGGCGGGUCUGAAUCGUGGACGAGUUACGAAAGUGGAAGUAUGGGGGCAGACGAUUCCCAAGAUUCUGAGUCUUCCUGGGAGGGAGGAUCCGACCAUGGAGAGGAGUACCAGGAAGAACAUGGCAGUUCUUACGAAGGAAUGUCUUCUGAUCAUAGUGGUGGAGAAGGAUCAUUUGAUGACAGCCAUGAAGAAUCCUGGUCAUCUUCCGGAUAACUUUUUGUUUAAUAGGAUAGCUGCAAUAAGUGAAGUAAUGCAUGUAGAACGUCCUUUUUUUCAUGUAUCUGGUCAAACUGUUGUUUAAAGAGCUUAAAUUAAAACAAAUGGUUUCUCUGUAGUA